AUGGCUGUUUCGAGCGGAAGUCAGGAUACCCUCUACUUUCUUAUCCUCUUUCUCGUCUUCUCCCUAGGUCUCCUAGCCUUCACUAUCCGCCUCUGUUACCAUGGCACGAGCAACAUCUUGAUGAAAACGUUAAUACUUCAAAGCAUUUUGACCGUCGGCUACUUUGUCGACCGACUGGCAAUUGUCAUUUAUAGCGGUGACCCAACCUGUGGGAUUCUGACGGUCGGCAACGGACUCGUCAUAUGGUACUCUUCUCUUGGAAUCUUUUACUUGAUUCAAUCGCAAAAGGCUCGCGCACUCUGCCAAAGCCUGUUCCCACAAGUAAACAAGCAUGUCUUUACUGCGAUGCAAGUGGGCGUCAUGUUGGUCUGGUGCAUUCACGUCAUUAUCGUCGCCUUACGGAGUCAUAUCCGGUCGUGCACGGUCGUCUACGAGGGUCUCGUUGCCGAUUUCGCUUGCGCGAUCGUGAUACAAACCUACCUCCUCAUCCAAGACAUUGUUAUUCUCUUCAAACUCAAACAAGGCUGGGCAAGGAUAAACACAAGAUGGUCCACGAUGCAACUCGAUCUCCUAAAGGAAUCAACCCUCAUGAUGAUCUUCCUGGUCAGCUCCAACAUUUACGUCUACUACAUCUAUAUACCGACCGUCGCGUAUAUAAUAUGGUACAUGCAGAUCUUUUUAUUCUGCUACCUCUCAUACUCGACGCUCCAAAACAUCCACGCGACCAAGGACUUGGUACUCUCGGACCUGUCCUCUGGACAAAGGAGGAGCAUCCGUCCCGAGGAGGAGAUACACAUCGCAAAACCCAACGGUAACAUUCUGCGAGUCGGGGUACCACCAAUAGUACCGCAGCGCAUACAAAACACUACGGAACACUCUAGUCUCGAGGAAGUGUGA